GCCCAGAGAUCCAGGAUUCCAGGAGGCUUUUAUUGGUUGAAUGCAGUGGGAGGAUCACACCUGGAAGGAGGGACGGAGGUCCUACUCAUGGCAGUACCUGAAGCAGGAAAGCCUGGACAAGAAGAGGAAGGAGUUUGACACCAAUGGCUGGGCCCUGCUGAGCAAGAAGAGCCAGGAGAUCCCCCAGCAGAUGAACGGCAGCGACUGCGGGAUGUUCGCCUGCAAAUACGCCGACUGCAUCACCAAAGACAAACCCAUCAACUUCACCCAG